AUGAAGGGUGCCAAUUUAUUGUCAAAGAUUGAUUUAAGGUUUAGGUAUCACCAAAUGCGUGUUAGAAAGGAAGAUAUUCCUAAAACUGCUUUUAGAACUCGAUACGGUCAUUAUGAAUUCUUAGUGAUACCAUUCGGAUUGACUAAUGCUCCUGCAAUAUUCACGGAUCUAAUGAAUCAAGUAUUUAGGCCUUAUAUUGAUCAAUUUGUGGUGGUCUUUAUAGAUGAUAUUUUAAUAUAUUCCAAUAGUAAAGAAGAGCAUGAUAAACAUCUUCGGAUUGUUCUGCAAACUUUGAAGGACAAAGAAUUUUAUGCUAAACUUCAAACCAAAGGUGUAAAGGUGGAUUCUAGUAAAAUUGAAGCAAUUGUUGAAUGGAAAACUCCCAAAAGUCUUAUUGAGCGCAGAUAUCUUGAACUCAUCAAAGAUUAUGACUGCAUUAUUGACUAUCACCCAAGUAAAUCUAAUGUGGUUGCAGACGCCUUAAGUCGCAAAUCCUUUGCAAGCUUGCAUCUGAAUUCUUUGCCUUUGCUUCUAGAGUUAAGAGAUAUGAAUGUCCAUUUUACACUUGAUUUGUAUGGAUCGGUGAUUGCUAAUUUGAAAGUCAAGCCAAUAUUGCAUGAACAGGUGAAAGAAGCACAAAAGUUAGAUGAGAAACUCAUAAAAUUGACCAAAGAAGUUCAAAAGGGGGAAAAGAAAGAUUUUACAUUAAAGGAGGAUGAUGUCUUGUUAUACCAAAAUAGGUUAUAUAUUCCUAAUAAUGACAAAUUAAGGAGAGAAAUCUUGAAUGAAGCACAUACUUCACCAUAUGCAAUGCAUCCUGGAAAUACAAAGAUAUACCAGACCAUCAAAGAACACUAUUGGUGGAAUGGUAUGAAGAAAGAAAUUACAGAGUUCAUUUCAAUAUGUUUGGUUUGUCAACAAAUAAAGGGAGAACAUCAGGUUCCAGUUGGGUUGCUACAACCCUUGUCAAUAACGAAAUAG